UGCAAGUUUAGGGUCCAUGGCAACAACCAAUGUUGUAGAUACAAGAAACUUUCUCCUAGCUCUGGAACUUGGGAUAAUUCAUUUGUUUGGUAUUAGAAACAUGGACUUAAGGGACAACCGUUCGUCUUUAAAUGAACUACAGGACAAAAUUCGUUGUUUGACAGAUGAAAAUGUCCAGCUCCGUGACAAAAAUGAAAGCCACUUUACCAAACUGGGCUACCUUGAGAGCAGGUUGGGCUAUCUUGCAGGCUCCAAGACUGACCUCUCUUCCAAACUGGUCUCAAGCGAAGAGGAGAAACUGAAGAUAUCCAAGGAGCUUGUCGAGGUACAUAUACAGACCAACAAAGUGAGGGAGCAGUAUGAAAAGGACAUUUUUGACCUGAAAAUAAAGAUCCUAUCCCAGGAAGGGGUGGUGAUGGAGAUGGAGAUGGAGAGGGACAGGCUCUGCAGGGAGCUCCAGUCUGUCACCGCCCGCCUACAGGUGGCAGAGAGGACAGGAAGUGACCUCACAGAGGAAUACAUGACCCUGAAGAGGAACUACCUGGCUCUGACUGAGGCCCACGAUAAGGAGGUGGUCCAGAAUGACGAGCUGAGCGCUGAGCUGCUUGGGCUGGCCCAGGCUCGUGAUGACCUCUUCAGGCAGACAGAGGAACAGCAGCAGCGUGUUAGGGCCUCUACAGAGGGUGGUGUCUAUGGGCAGGCUGCUCAGGAGCUGGACAGGGUGCGGGCGCUGGUCAGCCGUAUGUCUCACAAUAGAAUAAUGCCAGAGGACCUGGCUAUGUUGGACCAAGAACGUAAAUCUAUGGAGAAGAGUCUGCUUGGGAACCAGGAUGUGAUCAAAGACAUGCUGGAGCAGAUGAAGAAGAGCUAUGAAGAGCAGCAGCACAGACUAGAGGAGAAAGUGGUGGCGAUGGGCAAGGAGCAACAAGAGAACAAGAGAGCCAUCCGCGAUACCCAGCAGAAACUGGCCGAACGGAGUGCGGCCAUGUUGAGCUCUCAGAGCCAGCUGAAGGAGGUGGAGGAAGAGAACUCUAAGCUACAAAUGCAGGUGAAGGAACUGAAUGAGGAGUACCGUGCCAGGCUGGGAUGCUACCUACAGGACCUAGCUGAGUAUGUGGAUGGUCUGGCAAAGGGGAGGGGGGUGAAGGGCCCCCCAGAGAGGGUGAAGAUGAGGGGCUUCGUGGACAGCAUGCUCCAAGAGGUGCGCUCCUCCUACAGGGCUAGAGAGGAGCAGCUAGCCUCUGCCGCACGCUCCUACAAGAAGAGACUGCAGAGGCUCACUAAGAGCCACCAAGCCCUGCUUAGCGCAUACAGGGUGCAGAGGGAACAGGUCCUGUCCCAGCCAGAGAGUGGCUUGGACCCCGGCCCCCCUGAGGCCCACUUCAGCCUGGAGCCCAGUGAGCUGAGGGGAGAGACGGAAAGGGAGCUCCAGCUCCUACGCCAGGACAAGGCCAGGCUGGAGGGCCAGCUCCGAGAGGCUCAGAAGCCUGUGGCUGUCGUCACUAGACCUAUUCAAACAGUCAACUUUCAGGAUUCUGGAAAGUCAGGGCAGAUAUCUGAAGAGGCCUGGACUGAUAUUAGGAAACAGCUACGGGAGAUCACCAACUCUACUCAGGAGGGCCAUGAGAGGGAGCGUGCCCAGCUCAUCACCAGGGCUACAGUUGCCGAGGAGCAGCUGUUAGAGCUGCAGGAGUAUGUUGACAAGCACCUGGGAAGGUACAAGCAGGAGAUCACACGGCUGCGUAGACUGCUGGGACUGGAGACGGGGCUUGCCCGCAGAGCUGAGGCUCCCAAACCCCGCCAAUCCAUCGCUCGAUCAAGAAUCCAAGCUAUGAAAUAUGAUCUUCCACCCCCCUAAAAAAAAAAAAAACAUCUAACCAUAUGUAUGAAAUCUGUGCCAGUCAGAAUAUUCCUCAAAGAAUAACAUGAUUACUAUGACAUAAUAAUAAUGGACUCCAUGGAAAGGCAUUUGUUUCAAUAUUGCUUUUUAUUAUCAUUAAAAAUAACAGUUCCUCACUUUAUCAACAUGACUGUAAUAUGAUGAGGCCGAAUUUGAAAGAUCUCACUGAAAUUCAAUUAUUUUUAGAAGAGGUCUGCAUGUCCACUUUGAUAUUUAGCGUACACAUACAUGUUAUUGGAUAGCAAGGAGGAGAAAGAGAGAGAGAACAAGGGGGGGCAGGAGGAAUAAUUGGUUGGAUGAGAAGACGUUGUGGGGUGAGAAAGCAGCCAUACGUGGUGCUUGAAGUGGAUUAAAAUAGGAGCCAGUACUCACUCUUUAUAUUUGGAUAUAAUAUAAACACCAAUAUAAGCACCAAUAUAAGAGGUGCCGGUACUCAAGUAGUAGAACAAUUGACCUGAUACGUCUGUGAGAGAGAAUGGGAUGAAGACAAAUAGAUCUUAGUUUGGAAAUGCUAAGAUGGGGUCUAUAUAACCAGUGUUAAAAGCAACUCAUUCACAUAGAGAGAUUAAGGAGAUCAAGAGAAGAUUAUAGAGCUACUGUAUGAGUGCUUAUUGUUUCACUAUAAAUAAACUACACUAACUUUUUCUGCAACUUACUCUCUUUUCUGUGGCUCCAACAUGCUCCAAACCUCCAAGUGGUUUGCCAUGUCUGUUACAUUCUUACACAUGGAGGCAGCAUUAAUUAUGCAAAUUGUCUGAUAGUUAAGUUAAAACAAAUGUACAGUAACAUUUUGGCAAGGUACUACAUUGGUUAAUUGUGAGGGCACAGCACACUUGUUACCCAGAGUAGAACAUCUCUUGAUCUCUAUUGUUGGGAAGAUAGGUGGACAGGCAGUGCAUCAGAAGCCACUGCAUUCCUGUAUCUGGGACAAUUGUAUCAAUAUUCUUGGUUUGAUUGUGCUGCAUGUUAUAAUGGAUUACCUGCACCUAUAAAUACAUGUAACACAUGUAACUAUAAUGAAAUUAACUUUUAGAAAUGUUUGUGAAAUUUGUUUGUAGGUACCUGCUAUAGAAAUGCAUUUAUUCAUGUUGACAUUCGUUUUGACACCUUAAUGCAUACUUUUAAAUUAUAUUAAGUGAAUUGAACAUGAAAAUAAAUAUGUUUUAGAGAGUACUAAUGUUACAACAGAGAAAUACUUAUAUGUUUUUAAUAAAUACUUAAAAACA